AUGCCUUCACUGGUGUUUUUGGCGGAAGAAUUGCUCGCUCAAGCUAGAAGAAUUGAGGAAGCCCUUGAGCAAAGCAAAAUCUCUCACACAUCGUUUGAAAAGGACACACUUGAGUUAUUGCCAGAUGAUAUCCAAAUGCUACGAUGGGAUCUUGUCGAUACCAGUCACACCUUCCGACAACUCCUCAGAGGUGCUAGACUCUCUGGACUUGAUAUAGCUUACAGUUGGACAGAACAACUUAUACAACGCAUUGUAUGGCGAUACAAACUAGCUUCCGUCGGACCCAUCAAUAGCUGUGCAACAUACGAUGAGAUUUCAGAGACCAGUGGGCUAGGUAGAUCAGCCGUGCUCCGGACUAUUCGAGCAGCUAUGACGUUGAACAUAUUCGAUGAAUCGGAAUCUGGCAAAGUUUGUCAUACCGCUAUAUCGAGGUUGUUAGCAACGGACGAGGGAUACUACCACUCCGUCGGCCUCCAACUCGAGGAUAUUGGUCCUGCGAGCUUGAAGCUGAUUGAAGCCUGGGAGAAAUUUGGAGAAGAUUCUGGAGAACCUAACCAAAACGCAUUCAGCCUGAAUAAUGACGGCCGAUCGCUAUUCACUCUCCUAGCUGAAGAGCCAGAGCGAGCUCAUCGUUUCGACGCGGCAAUGAAAUAUGCCGUCGAGGCUGAGGAUUUCAACUUCUCUCAAAUCAUGAAGGCAUUUGACAGGUCAACACUGGACAAAUCUGGAUCAGGCCAAAUUUCCCAAGCCUUGGGUAGGAAGAUUCAAAAUCUAUCACUUACAGUCCAAGAGCUUCCACAUGUCGUGGAACAGGGCAGGAAAAAACUCCCAUCUGAGUUUAAUGGACGAAUCUCCUUCGAGGCACAAAAUUUCAUGGACCCCCAACAAUCGGAAAGGGCACCAGAUGCAUACUUAAUCAGCCGACUCGAAGUCCUGAUCUGGGAUUCAGUAUUGGGAGACAGCCCGGUAAAGAAAUUGUCCGGGAAGUUCAAUUUACGACAAGAUUUCAUCAUGGCGACUAUUUCCAAUGGGAAAGAUCGAUCGGUGGAACAGUUUAGGCGAGUCUUAGAACUGAGCGACGAGCGCUUCGUGACCGAGAGCAUACAAAGACCGGAAGGGUGUAAGCUAAGUAUGAUUGAAAUAUCAUGGAAUUGCUAG